GGCUUUGCGACAGUGGUAGGAGUCGCGGCAGCCGGCGGUGUCAGCUGGCCGCCGCACCGGGCGCGGGUGCGGGAGCGCGGCGGCCGGGGCCCAGCCGCACCGGCGCGGCGCGGACAGGUUUGAAAGCAAAAUGGCAGGAAACAGCCUUGUGCUGCCCAUCGUCCUGUGGGGCCCCAAAGCCCCCACGCACUGCAUAUCCACCCUGCUGCUCAUGGAGGACGCAUCAAUGAUCGUCACGGGGUGCCACGACGGACAAAUAUGUCUCUGGGACCUUGCUCUGGAUUUAGAGAUUAAUCCCAGAGCUUUGCUGUUUGGCCAUACAGCCUCAAUUACUUGUUUAUCAAAGGCCUCUGCUUCCAGUGAAAAGCAGUAUAUAGUGAGCGCAUCAGAAAGUGGGGAGAUGUGUCUAUGGGAUGUGAAUGAUGGGAGAUGCAUAGAGUUUACUAAACUAGCCUGUACACAUACUGGCAUACAGUUCUACCAGUUUACAGUUGGGACUCAACGUGAAGGGAGGCUGUUGUGCCAUGGACAUUAUCCAGAAAUUCUUGUUAUGGAUGCUACCAGCCUUGAAGUUCUUUAUUCGUUAUUAUCCAAGAUAUCUCCUGACUGGAUCAGCUCCAUGACUAUCAUUCGAUCCAACAGAACACAGGAGGAUACUGUCGUAGCAGUUUCAGUGACUGGCAUCCUGAAAGUGUGGAUAAUAACCUCUGAAGUUAGUAGGAUGCAGGAUACAACACCAGUAUUUGAAGAGGAGUCAAAACCUAUUUAUUGUCAGAACUGUCAAAGCAUCUCCUUCUGUGCGUUUACCCAGAGGUCGCUGCUGGUAGUAUGUUCCAAGUACUGGAGGGUUUUCGAUGCUGGCGACUAUUCGCUCUUAUGUUCAGUCCCCAGCGAAAACGAUCAGACCUGGACAGGUGGUGACUUUGUGUCAGCUGAUAAAGUGAUUGUAUGGACAGAAGAUGGACAAAGCUUCAUCUAUAAAUUACCAGCCAGCUGUCUCCCAGCUAGUGAUUCAUUUCGCAGAGAUGUGGGGAAAGCUGUGGAGAAUUUAAUUCCGCCUUUAUUGUACAGUGUGUUGGACAGAGCAGAUAAACAGCUACUAAUAUGUCCUCCAGUUACUCGAUUCUUCUGUGGGCACAGGGAGUUUUCCUACAAGCUGUUAAUCCAAGGAGACUCUUCAGGGAGACUGUGCAUUUGGAGUGUGCCUGAUACUCUUGAACAACAAGAUAGUGCAAAAGGACUGCAAACAACUACUUCAGUAUCUCUCCAGGAAGCUUUUGAUAAACUUACUCCUCGCCCUGCUGGGAUUAUAGACCAACUAAGCUUAAUACCAAACAUCAAUGAACCACUGAAAGUUACCGCCAGCGUGUAUAUCCCAGCACAUGGGCGACUGGUUUGUGGUCGUGAGGAUGGAAGCAUUGUUAUUGUGCCAGCAACACAGACUGCUAUAGUUCAGCUGCUGCAAGGAGAGCAUAUGCUUAGGAGAGGUUGGCCACCUCACCGGACUCUCCGAGGCCAUCGAAACAAAAUUACAUGUUUACUGUAUCCUCAUCAGGUUUCUUCUCGUUAUGAUCAAAGGUAUUUGAUCUCAGGUGGUGUGGAUUUCUCAGUCAUCAUAUGGGAUAUAUUUUCUGGAGAGAUGAAACAUAUCUUCUGUGUACAUGGUGGAGAAAUUACACAGCUUCUAGUUCCACCAGAAAACUGUAGUGCAAGAGUCCAGCACUGUAUUUGCUCCGUUGCCAGUGAUCACUCAGUAGGUCUUCUGAGUCUGCGGGAGAAAAAGUGCAUCAUGCUGGCAUCCCGCCACCUUUUCCCUAUUCAAGUGAUAAAGUGGAGGCCUUCUGAUGACUAUCUGGUGGUGGGAUGUUCAGAUGGAUCAGUGUAUGUCUGGCAAAUGGACACUGGUGCACUGGACAGGUGUGUAAUGGGAAUAACAGCAGUGGAAAUCCUGAAUGCCUGUGAUGAGGCAGUCCCUGCAGCAGUGGACUCCCUGAGCCAUCCCGCCGUCAACCUGAAGCAGGCCAUGACCAGACGUAGCCUGGCUGCCCUGAAGAACGUGGCACAUCAGAAACUGCAGACCCUUGCCACUAACCUACUGGCUUCUGAAGCAUCUGACAAGGGGAAUUUGCCUAAAUAUUCACAUAACUCCCUGAUGGUUCAAGCUAUAAAGACUAACUUAACAGACCCAGAUAUCCACGUGCUCUUCUUUGAUGUGGAAGCCUUGAUUAUUCAGCUGCUGACCGAGGAGGCCGCCAGACCCAACACUGCACUCAUUUCUCCAGAGAAUUUACAGAAAGCCUCUGGCGGCGCGGACAAAGGAGGCUCCUUUCUGACUGGCAAACGAGCAGCUGUCCUCUUCCAGCAGGUCAAGGAAACAAUCAAAGAGAAUAUAAAAGAGCAUCUUCUUGAUGAUGAAGAUGAAGAUGAAGACUCGGUAAGACAGAGGAGGGAAGACGGUGACCCAGAAUAUCGCUCUAGCAAAUCUAAACCCUUAACUCUGUUAGAAUAUAAUCUAACCAUGGAUACAGCAAAGCUCUUUAUGUCCUGCCUUCACGCCUGGGGCCUGAAUUCUGUUCUAGAUGAGCUUUGCCUGGAUCGUCUUGGGAUGCUUAAGCCACACUGUUCAGUGUCCUUUGGCCUCCUGUCUAGAGGAGGCCACAUGUCUCUGAUGCUUCCUGGCUACAACCAGCCUGUAGGCAAACCGUCAUAUGGUGGCAUGGAGGUAGGAAGGAAGAUGUCUGUUACAGAAGGACUUGGGAAGGGGACAUAUGGUGUAUCCCGGGCUGUCACCACGCAGCAUCUCCUCUCUGUUAUCUCACUGGCCAACACACUGAUGAGCAUGACCAAUGCAACUUUUAUUGGAGACCACAUGAAGAAGGGUCCAACCAGGCCACCUAGGCCAGGAACUCCUGAGAUGUCAAAAGUGAAGGCGGCUCCUUCAGUUGCAAGUCAUGCAGCCCAAGGACAAAUCAAGCAAGGAUGGAGUCAGCUCGCUGCUAUGCACUGCGUGAUGCUCCCCGACCUGCUGGGCCUGGAUAAAUUCAGACCCCCACUUCUGGAGAUGCUGGCUCGCAGGUGGCAGGAUCGAUGCUUGGAGGUAAGAGAAGCUGCCCAGGCCUUACUUCUAGCAGAACUGAGGAGGAUUGAGCAGGCAGGACGGAAAGAAACCAUUGAUGCAUGGGCCCCUUAUUUACCACAGUACAUCGACAGUGUUAUAUCACCUGGAGUAACCACAGAAGCCAUUCAGACUGGUAGUGCAAGCCCAGAUUCAGUGGGAACAGAAACAAAAGUUCAGGAAGAAGAGCAUGAUCUGGUUGAUGAUGACAUCACGGCAGGUUGUCUGUCUGGUCUCCCACAAAUGAAAAAGAUAUCUACGUCCUACGAAGAGAGACGGAAGCAAGCCACGGCCAUCGUCCUGCUGGGGGUCAUCGGGGCAGAGUUUGGCGCUGAAAUCGAACCUCCUAAACUUCUCACUCGGCCACGUAGUUCCAGUCAAAUUCCAGAGGGAUUUGGUUUGACCAGCGGAGGGUCAAAUUAUUCCUUGGCAAGGCAUACAUGCAAGGCACUGACGUUCCUGCUGCUGCAGCCGCCCAGCCCCAAGCUGCCUGCGCACAGCACCAUCCGCAGAACCGCCAUCGACCUCAUCGGCCGCGGCUUCACCGUCUGGGAGCCCUACAUGGACGUGUCGGCCGUGCUGAUGGGCCUGCUGGAGCUCUGCGCCGACGCCGAGAAGCAGCUGGCUAACAUCACAAUGGGGCUGCCCCUGAGCCCCGCCGCUGACUCUGCCCGCUCUGCACGACACGCUCUGUCCCUCAUCGCCACCGCCAGACCUCCCGCCUUCAUCACCACCAUCGCCAAGGAGGUGCACAGACACACAGCCCUGGCAGCCAACACACAGUCGCAGCAGAACAUUCACACCACGGCUCUCGCUCGGGCUAAAGGAGAGAUCCUGAGAGUCAUAGAGAUUCUGAUUGAGAAGAUGCCUACCGACGUCGUGGACCUUCUCGUGGAGGUCAUGGACAUCAUCAUGUAUUGCCUGGAAGGAUCUUUAGUUAAGAAAAAGGGUCUUCAGGAAUGCUUUCCAGCCAUCUGCAGGUUCUACAUGGUCAGCUAUUACGAGCGGAGUCACAGAAUAGCGGUGGGAGCUCGCCAUGGUUCAGUGGCCCUCUACGACAUCCGGACGGGGAAAUGUCAGACCAUCCACGGCCACAAAGGACCGAUCACAGCCGUGGCCUUCGCCCCCGACGGCCGGUACCUCGCCACCUACUCCAAUUCCGACAGCCACCUCUGCUUCUGGCAGAUGAACACGUCUCUCCUGGGGAGCAUCGGCAUGCUGAACUCGGCGCCGCAGCUGCGCUGCAUCAAGACGUACCAGGUGCCGCCGGUGCAGCCGGCCUCGCCGGGCUCCCACAACGCGCUGCGGCUCGCGCGCCUCAUCUGGACCUCCAACCGCAACGUCAUCCUCAUGGCCCACGACGGCAAGGAGCACCGCUUCAUGGUCUAGGCCACGAGGCAGGAGGCGCUGGGGACGUGCUCCUCGGUGUCACAGCAGAAAGGGGAUCGGUAACACUGAUGGUGCUCCUCAGCCAGGCCCACGGCAUCGCGACUCCAACCAGGCUUUGCAGCUGGGCCGAGCCCGGCCCCGUCCUUCUCCGCUGGAUGUUGAGUUCACGCAACAACACUCAUUAAACACGUUUUUCCUUUGGGGACUCUCACCGAAUCUCAGUGUUUACCAAAAAGGCUGGUGUUUACAUGUACUUUCUCCUAGUGACCACUGAAUGACGGCGGGUGACCGUCUUGGAGCUUGGCACUUGGGUUUGCUGGGGAUAGGCUCAUUGCCUCGGGAGGGGGACGAGACCGAGCUCCUGAGGGUGGAUGGCCUGCAUUCUAAUCUAAAGGGGAUAUUUCAAUAUGCAGAGUCCCAGUUUUCAAGAGGAUGGGAAAUGCUGCUGUGCCCAGCCACUGCUCGCUUGUAUCCUGGACGAAGGAAUAAUAGUCUAACAGUAGUAUGUAAAUAACGAGGAAAAUCUCUGUAAGAUGGAAUAGCAAACUUGAAAAAAAGGAGUAUUUAUAUAUAAAGGUGUUUUUUUUGCUACCAGAGCAGGUAUUUAUUUAAAAACCAAAAAGACAAAAGGCUUUUUUUCUGGCUGAAGCUGCUCCCACCCGUGGCGGGGCAGCCAGCCCCGUGCCCUCACAGCUCCCCUCUCGCGGGGGGACGGCGUGGGAGGACACGGGUGGCAUGGGUGGGGAGCAAUUCUGGCUGGAAAGAAUGGUGAAAGGUGUGUAGAAGGUGAGUUAUAUGACUGGAUCUAGUGAAACAUUUGUCUUCAGUAGGAAUAUUCCUGUGUAACACUAGCUGUGACUGUGUUUCCCUCUGCUCACAUAUCUAAUUUUGUGAAAUGUUUAAUAGUGUGAAGGUAUGCUGGUUUAUGCUCACAGCAAAGACAAAAAAACCCAAUCUAUAAGAUGCUAUUUUAUUUAAACAUAUUGAUGUAUAUGUCUGUAUAGCUCUUUCUUUGCCGUUCUUGUCUGAAGAGCGCACGGAACUACGGCGGCUGUCUUCACGUAACAAAGCAGAAACGAUGCUCAUAGAGUCUUUCCUUCCCCAAAAAGGAAUAAAUGAGUUUCUAAAAUGGCUUCUAAACAUAAAAAGCAUUGAUUUUUUCCUUCUUUUUUUUGUCCUGUAGGUGGUCUGUGUAGUACACAGUGAGAUUUACAGUCCAGGAGCUACAUAUCUGUUUGCUGUUUAAAAAUCAUUUACGAACAAAAAUGUAAUAAAGCGAGAAAAUCAGACCACUGGGAAUGUUUCCACACAAACUGCCGUGAAGUUUCCUCUUUUCUCUGGCGGGAAUGUAGUGUCUAGUGCAGAACUCUGUAGUAGAAUAUCAGGGUCUUUCCCAAGUGGGCUGACGCACCGUUGCAUGUACAUUGUGUUCAUACAGAUCUGUGUGUAACCUCGGAGAUUAAAAACGGAACAAGAGGAGAGCUAACAGAGCCUUUGUCAUCCUUGGAAUGAAACGCCGUGGUUCUCAGUGCAGGGCUGGCGAGGGGAGUGUGGAGGUGCCCCACAAGCAUCCUCCCCGUUAGGUAUCACGUUUGUGUCCGUCUGUCUGCUUCCCAAACAAAGCGGGACCGCAGCAGGGAUGUGGUGCCUGGCCCUGCUGCGGUUCCCUCUGCGCUGUGCUGAGCAAACGUCUUGAAUUAUAUAUGCAUUAAAGUGUUUGUUUGAA